GUGCCGGUGACGAUCCUCACGGGCUUCCUCGGCAGCGGUAAGACGACGCUGCUCAACCACAUCUUGACGAGCAUGGACCACAAGAAGCGCUUCGCCGUCAUCGAGAACGAGUUCGGCGACGUCGGCAUCGACGACGCGCUCCUCAAGAACAACAUGCGGCAGCAGGUCGAGGGCGAGGAGCUCAUCGAGAUGAUGAACGGCUGCAUCUGCUGCACGGUCCGCGCGGACUUGAGCGUCGUGCUCAAGAAGCUCAAGGGGAAGCACGACGCGCGCCCGUUGGACGGCAUCAUCAUCGAGACGACGGGCAUGGCGGACCCGGCGCCCGUGGCCCAGACCUUCUUCGUCGACGAGGCCGUCGGGGCCUUCGCGCGCCUCGACGGCAUCGUGACGCUCGUCGACGCGAAGCACGUCGAGCAGCACCUCGACGAGGAGAAGCCCGAGGGCGCGGAGAACGAGGCCGUGGAGCAGGUCGCGUUCGCGGACCGCCUCGUGCUCAACAAGACGGACCUCGUGCCGGACGAGGCGGCGCUGCGGCGCGUCGAGGGCCGGCUCCGGGCCAUCAACAAGUUCGCGCCCAUCGUGCGGUGCGAGCAGUCCCGCGUCGCCGCGGACCAGGUGUUGAAUAUCGGCGCCUUCGACCUCACGCGGACGCUCGAAAUGGACCCCGCGUUCCUCGACACCGACGGCGAGCACGAGCACGACCAGUCCGUGACGUCGCUGGGCUUCGACACGUCCGAGGCGGACGUGGACCUGGGCCUCUUCCAGGACUGGCUCCAGGGGCUCCUCCGCGACGAGGGGCCGAACCUCUUCCGCAUCAAGGGCAUCCUGAGCGUCGCGGACGUGCCCGAUCGGUACGUCUACCACGCGGUCCACAUGAUCUUCGACGGCCGCUUCAUGGACCCCUGGGCGCCCGGGGAGCGCGUCUCGAAGCUCACGUUCAUCGGCAAGCACCUGGACCACGGCGCGCUCAAGGCGGGCUUCCUCGCGUGCCUCGCG